CGACACGUGCAGAAGAUCAGCAUCGGAUCGACGCUCAAAUGAGCGACAUUUUGGACAAUUUAAAUAACCUCAUUUGAGAGGGCUCAUUUUAUGACGGUACCCUUACGUUUCCUCAUCUACUUUUGUUCUGCACCUUUCUUGUUGUUUUUUCGAUGGAAUUUAGUGCAAAAUUUUUACCUGAUCGUCCUGUCCAAGCGAACUGUAUCGCUCUGCAGCUCAGUUGUUUGCUACAUUUUGCUCUUCCCUUAUGGUACAAUGAAGACAUCUUCUGGAGACACGAAGAUCAACUGAAACGUUUGGGGAUGUAUCCACGAAUAUUUCGAUACGGCACACAAAGUUCUCCUAUAUUCCAAGUAAUCGAGCGGAAACCUCAGGACUGGGGCGAACCAAUCUAUUGGAGUAACAGUUAUUCGCAGGAUGAUUCUCGUCCUAUUUUCAACACGAUUAAUAACUGGCAGCAGUCUCUUGAUGGCGCUAAUGCGUACCGACACGAAGAGGAAGAGUACGAAAAAUUAUUAGAUGAACGUCUCUGGGAGAUCGAACAAGAAACCGCCGAUAUAGUGUGGAGCUGGUGAAUCUCAUCUGAAUUUUUUGAAAUUCUUAUAUCAUUUGAAUAAAUUGUUUCGACUGUACGCAAGAAUAAAAAGGUGUAAAUAUGGAGCUAUCAAAAAACAACAAUAAAAUAAAA